AUGAACCAAGAUAUACAACUUAAAAUUCCUACAUUUGAGGAAGUGUUCUUAUCAUUAGAACCAGAUAUAUUAUCAGGAGUACUUAAACAUUUUUGUAGUAGAGAUUUAAGUGAAGAAGAAAUUGAUGGAAAUAUGAAAGCAAUUUUUUAUUUCUUUGUUGUUAAUGGUAAAGUAUUAGAAUUAAUGGAAUGGGUGUCAAUUAAAGAAAUUGCAGAAAUUCAUAAUCCAAAUUUAAUGUUUCAAAGAAAUUCUAUUUACAAUAAAAUAAUUCGACUUUAUAUGGACUAUGAUGUAAAAGAUGUUUUUCAAGAUAGUAUUGAGAAAUUAUUAGACCAAGUAACAAAGAAAAAUAUUCAAUUAAAUCUUUUAGAUUCCUCAGUUAAAUAUUCUCAAAGUGAUUUAAAGAAAGUCCAAGAAAUUUUAGAAUCUUUUUUUACAAAGAUAUUUGAUUUAAAAUUACCUGAUUCUUUUAAAUAUUUUAUGACAACUAUUGGUUCUCACAUUACUGAAAUUUAUCCAACAGCUACUGUUAAUGUACUUAUAAACAUUAUUUUUAAUAGAUAUAUUGGUUCUACUAUUGCUACUUCAAAACCAAAUAAAAAUAGUGAUAGAAUUAUUCCAACAUUAAAAUCGAUUUCAUUAAUUAUGAAAUGGAUGUUAUCUAAUGAUUUAAAAGAAGAUAGUUCAUGGCAAGUAUCAAUGAAAAAUUUUGCUGAAAUAAUUAAAACAAAUGUAGUUAGUUGGAUUACAAAUAAUGUUAUUCAAACAUUUACUGAUAAAAAACCUAAAGUAAAAUGGGAAGUUACUGUUAAAAUGACUAAAGAUAUUAAAAAUAUGGUUUUUAAAGAUUCAGAACAAAUAUGUGCAUUGUUACCAGAAACAACUUCACGGUUAUUAAGAAUUUUAAAAGAUGAAUAUAUAAGUUCUACAACAUCAAUUAUGGAUUUAUUUAUGAAAUUACAACGAACAAUUAUUGAACAACAAACUGAUAUAUUUUCAUUAUACUCAGAAAUUGCUGUAUUAAAUCAAUAUAAUAAAGAACUUACUGAAAGAGUUCGAUACUUUGAAUUACGUAAAAGAACUGAUAAUGAUGAUUAUAUUUUAUUUGAUAAAGAGAUGAUAGAAUCAACAACUCCAAUGCUUAGACUAAAUGAAGUACAAAAACAGCCAGAAAAUAUUACAUCAAUUAAUACAGCAAAUAAACAAAAACUUGAUGCUUAUUUUGCAAAAAAACGUGAACAAGAAAAAAAUCAAUUAAAAUUAGAUUUUAAGAAUUCAGUUAUGGAAACAAAAUAUAUCUCUAUUAAUAGCCCUUCUUUAACUCAAAGAAAAGGAACUAAACAAAUACAAUAUAUCUCUACUCCUUUCACUAGUCCAAGUUUACCUCUCCCUGACUCUAAAACAACAACUCCAAAUCAACAAAGUUUGACAAGUAGUAAAAUAAGUGAAGAUGAAUUAGGUGUGUCAUUGUUUUAUGAUCCUUCAAAAUGA